AUGGCCUCUAUUAGUUUUAAUAAUUCAGUUAUUUUUCUGUUUUCCCUUUUAUGUUUUAUUUCUAUAAUCCCAAAAUUAUAUGCCAAUAUUGCUGAUUUUGAUCCUUAUUUGGAAAAAAGAGCUGAAGAAGCUCUCCAAUCUUCUCUUGCUGCUUAUAAUGAAAAUCCUGAGGCAGUCACUCAAAUUUUCAACAAAGAAGUUGGAGAAACAAUUCUCAAUGGCACAAGGAGGCAUUUGAAGGAAGAAGAUAAAGAGGACAAGAAUGAGAAGGUUGAAAAGGAUGAUAAGGAAGGUGAUGAAAAAAGUGUUGAUAUUUGCAAGGCAUACAAUCCAAUUGACAAAUGUUGGAGAUGUGACAAAAACUGGGCUAAUAACAGGAAGGCACUAGCAGAUUGUGCUAGGGGAUUUGGUCAUGGUACAACUGGUGGUAAAGAUGGUAAAUUCUAUGUUGUAACCGAUCCAUCGGAUAACAACGUGGAGGAACCUGUUCCUGGGACCCUACGUCACGCUGUCAUCCAAGAGGAGCCAUUGUGGAUCAUCUUCGAGAAGUCGAUGAUUAUCAAGUUGAAACAAGAACUUAUGAUCAACAAUGAUAAGACAAUUGAUGGCAGAGGAAUCUCUGUUCAUGUUGCAUAUGGAGCUGGACUUACCUUACAAUUUGUGCACAAUGUGAUUGUCCACAACAUUAGAGUUCAUCACAUCCUUUCUAAGGAUGGUGGUAUGAUUAGAGAUUCUGUCAAACAUAUUGGUCUUAGGACAGUGAGUGAUGGUGAUGCUAUUUCCCUUUUCGGUGCUAACCGUAUCUGGAUAGAUCAUUGUACUUUAACCAAGGGUGCUGAUGGACUUGUCGAUGCUAUCAUGGCUUCCACUGCUAUCACCAUUUCUAACUGCAAAUUCAACCAUCACAACGACGUUAUGCUUUUGGGAGCAAACGAUGCCUUCCCUCAAGAUAAAAUCAUGCAAGUUACAGUUGCAUUCAAUAGGUUUGGAAAGGGAUGUAUCCAGAGGAUGCCAAGGUGCAGGUGGGGUUUCUUCCAUGUUGUCAACAACGACUACGCCAAAUGGGAAAUGUAUGCUAUUGGUGGUACAGCUAACCCCACCAUCAUUAGCCAGGGUAACCGUUUCAAGGCUGCCGACAAUCCCAACACUAAAGAGGUGACAAACCGGAAUGGCGCCCCAGAAGCUUUGUGGAGAAACUGGCAAUGGAGAUCCGAGGGUGAUUUGUUCAAGAACGGAGCCUUCUUUAGGGAGUCUGGACCAGAAAUCAAGAGCACUCCAUUCACAGAACAUACCACAAUCCAGUUUGAGCCUGCUAAAUUUGUAGGCAGACUCACUCGCAAGGCUGGUGUAAUCCAGUGCAAGAUUGGAAAAGCAUGCUAGGCAAUUUAUAUGUACAUGAUAAUAACAAUUAUAAUACAUAAAACAUAUUGUACAU